AUGCCCAAAGGAUCCUGUCUCUGCCAUAAAAUCCAAUACGAAUUUCAAGGAGACCCUCUCAUGAAGAUAAGUGGCAGCACCAAUACCCUCAAUCUCUUACUCCCAGAUGACAAAUUCAGCGUCACCAGCGGUUCCCCAAAACAGUAUACAGAGAUGCAUGAGAGUGGCAAGAAGCUGACAGUCUUCUUUUGUGGAGACUGCGGAUCGUCUGUCUAUAAAACCCACGAGCUGUUCCCCGAGAAGAUUGUCCUUCUGGCGGGAACACUCGACGAUGCAGACGGUCUCGAGCAGGCAAAGCCUCAAAUAGAGCUCUUUGCGAAGCAUCGGCCGUCGUGGCUGCCUGGUCUUGAUUGGGCUGAGCAAAAAGCGGAAUUCUGA